UCACUACGACGUCGAGUAACUGAUCACUGGGAUCUUCGCUGCUUGAAAACAAUUCUGAAAAAGUACUUCUCUGAAGAGACCUUGAAACCAGGUCAUCGUUAUUGUGGAUCGAUGUAUUACAUCCGCCCAGAAGCCCCUCGGUGCUUUACAUUAGAGCAUUACCGCAAGUUCAUUGAACUACUUCCAACCCAAGAUGACCCUGAUGUUUUCGGAAUGCAUGAAAAUGCGAAUAUUACUUUUCAGAAAAACGAAACUGGAUGGUUGCUUCAAACUCUACUGGACAUCCAACCACGGGAAUCUGCUGGUGGAGAGGAGAGGUCAGCAGAUGAAAUGGUGUACGAAAUGGCAGAAAUUAUUCUGGGAAAGCUCGUCGAAAAAAUUCAUCCUGAAGAAAUUCAUCCUGAAUUGGCAAAAGUUCCACAGAUGUGGGGAGAAGCAGCUUACCCAUCUCUAAAAAGUCUCUCUAGUUGGAUUUUCGAUCUACAAAUGAGAAUUGACUUCAUUUACAUUUGGUUACUUAACGGAAAACCUGUGUCAUUCUGGAUAUCUGGAUUCUUUUUUCCUCAAGGAUUCUUAACGGGAACACUACAAACUCACGCCAGAAAAUAUGGUUUGCCAAUUGAUGAGUUAAAUUUUGAGUUCGAUGUCCAUAGCGUGAAGUUACGUCAAGAAAAAAUAUUUACUGCUCACGUCCAAAAUGGCAAUGAAGAUCCUAAGGAGUUGUAUCUAGGGCUGUUUGAACCCGAAGAUGGAGUAUAUGUGCAUGGAAUAUUUAUUGAUGCAGCCAACUGGAAUUCGGUGCAAAGAAAGUUGGUUGAUGCUAAAGGCGGUCAAAUGCAUGGAUAUCUCCCUGUUAUGUUGAUGACACCAACAGAUAUGAAGAUAGUGGAGGAAGGGCGAUAUCACGCACCUCUGUACAAAACAGCACUACGAGCAGGAGUAUUAUCGACCACAGGACACAGCACCAAUUUUGUCAUAACAUGUUUAUUACCCUCCUAUGAGGAUGAAAGCUUUUGGAUCUUACGAGGAACAGCUCUACUUACCCAGUUGACAGAUUAAUUAUAAGAAAAAUUGGCAAAUCCUUCCUUCAAAUUAGUACUAAUUUUCAUUAUUAAUUUUCACGUUUAUUUAUCAUCGAUUAAAUCUAUUAAUGUAAACGUAAAAUAGCAAAUAUAUAUAAAACAAUAUUAAUGUAACUUUUGAUUAGUAACAUUUAAUAAAUG